GCAGCAGCCAGUUAUCUCAACACAUAAACAUUGACAGCGCAGAAUGGCGAAAGCUGCACUACGAUGUAUAGAGUGCAAUGAAGAUGCGAACGAGCUCCAUCGUGAUUACAGCAACGGGAUUUUAAAAAUUACCAUAUGUGACUCGUGUAAGAAGCCAGUGGACAAAUACAUUGAGUAUGAUCCUGUCAUUGUUCUGAUUGAUGCCAUCUUGUGCAAAAUUCAAGCAUUCAGGCACAUUUUGUUCAACACAGAGGUCAAUAUUCACUGGAAGCUGUGUGUGUUCUGCCUCCUGUGUGAGGCGUAUCUGAGAUGGUCCCAUCUGCAGGGCUCUGAACAGACCAGUGACCCUGCUGACAUCAUCAGAUACACCAGGGAAUGGGACUUCUAUAGCAUGUUUGGACUCGCAGCUCUCGAGCUGGCUGUGUUCGUUUGUGGUGUGCUGGCCUGUCUGUGGCUGGUGGUGGGGCUGCGGGGCCAGGUGCUGGACACCCACCUGCUGGUCAAAGCCCUGCUGCUGUCCAGCUACGGCAAGGUGCUACUCAUCCCAGCAGUCAUCUGGGAGCACGACUACUCGCCCCUCUGCUUCAGCCUCAUUAAGAUCUUUGUGCUGACCUCCAACACACAGGCCGUCAGAGUUCUACUGAACUGUGGCCGAUGCCUUUCUCUGCUGGCUGUGAUGUCUGGACUGUUACUGGAGUCCUGCGUUUCGCUGACCUUCCACAGGCUUGAGUGGCACACGCAGGACUUCCUACCACACCCGUGACCUAACGUCGACCCCUU